AUGGAGGUGGAAUCAAGUGAGAGCAAGACUAUUAAACGACGCGUGGGCUUACUCUACGACGACAGGAUGUGUAAGCAUCACACGCCUGAUGGUGAUCAUCAUCCUGAGAAUCCCUAUCGUAUUAAAGCUAUUUGGAACAAGCUUCAAAAAGCUGGCAUUCCUCGAAGAUGUGUGGUUUUAAAUGCCAAAGAAGCUGAGGACAAAUAUAUAUUGUCUGUGCACUCCAAAAAUCAUGUUAACCUGAUUAGGAAUGUAAGCACUAAGCAGUUUGAUUUGCGAAGAAAUAGGAUUGCAUCAAAUUUCAAUUCAAUUUACUUGAAUGAAGGUUCAUCUAAGGCUGCUUACCUUGCUGCUGGUUCUGUUAUUGAGGUGGCAGACAGAGUUGCCAAAGGAGAAUUGAAUUCUGCUUUUGCUGUUGUGAGGCCUCCUGGCCAUCAUGCUGAACAAGAUGAAGCAAUGGGAUUUUGUCUAUAUAACAAUGUGGCUAUUGCAGCAAGUUUUCUAUUAAAUGAAAGACCAGAACUGGGAAUAAACAAAAUUUUGAUUGUUGAUUGGGAUGUCCACCAUGGUAAUGGUACUCAAAAGAUGUUCUGGAAAGAUCCUCGUGUCCUAUUCUUCUCUGUUCAUAGGCAUGAGUUUGGGACUUUUUAUCCUGCUAAUGAUGACGGUUUUUAUACUAUGAUUGGUGAAGGACCUGGUGCAGGAUACAACAUUAAUGUUCCUUGGGAGAAUGGGAGGUGUGGUGAUGCAGACUAUCUUGCAGUUUGGGACCAUAUUUUGCUUCCUGUUGCCAAGGAAUUUGUUCCCGACAUAAUUAUAGUAUCUGCUGGAUUUGAUGCAGCUGCUGGUGAUCCUCUAGGGGGCUGUCAUGUCACACCAUACGGAUACUCGGUCAUGUUAAAUAAGUUGAUGGAUUUUGCUCAAGGUAAAAUCGUAUUGGCAUUGGAAGGAGGAUACAAUCUUGAAUCUAUAUCAAAUUCAGUCCUUGCGUGCAUGGAAGUUUUGCUGGAGCACAAGCCUAUCUCUGGAUCUUCAGAGGCCUAUCCAUUUGAGUCUACAUGGCGUGUAAUACAAGCGGUUCGCCACAAAUUAAGUGCUUUCUGGCCAACACUGGCUGAUGAAUUGCCAACAAAGUUAACAAGUCAAAAAGCUCCACCUGCGCAUAUGAUCUCUAGCUCUGAUUCUGAAGAUGAGUAUGAGAAGACUCCGGAUGUGGUGUCAGAAAAUCUUGAAGCAGUUCUUCAGGAUGUUAUAGAACCCCUUUCGAAGCUGAAAGUUGAAGAUGGUCAUGCUAUAGUGGCCACAGAGUCUGCCCCUUGGAGAUCAGAGCUCUCGAAGGUUGACGUUUGGUAUGCCUCAUUUGGAUCUAAUAUGUGGAAACCAAGAUUCCUUUGCUAUAUUCAAGGUGGACAGGUGGAAGGCAUGAAAAAGGCAUGCUCUGGUUCAAUGGAUAGAAAUCCACCAAAAGAGACUUUGUGGAAAACUUUUCCUCACCGAUUAUUUUUUGGUCGUAAUUCUACUCGCACGUGGGGUACUGGAGGGGUUGCUUUCCUUAAUCCUGAAUCUAAUGACCAGGAAAAAGCUUACCUGUGCCUAAAUAGAAUUACGCUAGAACAGCUCAAUGAUGUUUUGCUUCAGGAAAAUGUUGCAACUGAUGAAAAGGAUUUUCCUUUUUUAGAUAUUACUGCUUUAAACUCUAGUGCAGACAAAAGGUCCAUUUCUUUAGAGGCUCUAAAGAAGGGCUGGUAUCAUAAUGUUGUUUACUUGGGAAAGGAGCGCAAUACCCCCAUAUUAACUAUUACGUGCUCACCUUUGGAUGUUGAAAGUUUCAAAUCUGGGGAGUUUCCUUUGCGUGUUCCAGCUGUGGAGUAUGCCAACACCUUAAUAAGAGGGCUGGUAGAAGGGGAACAACUCUCAGAAAAAGAAGCCAUGGCUUACAUACAUGAAGCUUCUACUAAAAAACUGUGAGUACAAACUCUGUAUCACUACUUUCUGUAAGUAAAACCUUGGUAGUACACGGGAAAAAGUAAAAAACAUUCUUGUUUAGACCAGAGAAACUGAAAGUCAUUGAAGUGGUAGGAAAAUAUGUGAUUGUGUAUUUUUAUGUGGAUUAAAACAACAUAAUUAGUAGUAUUGUAAAUCUUUA